AUGGAUCGCAAAAACAGUGUGCAGAAUUGCAUUAUCCAAGGUGUGUUCAGCUGUUGGGUGUUACUUAUCGGCUGGAUGGGGCUGUUUAUUUGCCACAAUUGGUUGUUCAUGGUCAUCAAGAUCGAUCUGUGGACGGCGAAAAAGGCGAGCUGCAGUAUAGGCGACGUUGAGGAAAAUGAACACCUCGUCCCAUUACCAGCUCUCUUUGAAUCCCAUGACUUGAGUGGAGACAUGAAAAUAACCGCACAGGAGUUGGCCCUAGCUACAGGGAUGGACGAACUAGAGACACUGAAUGUGGCCUUCCCACUUUGUGAUACUAACGGUGAUGGUUUUCUGUCUCGGGAGGAGUUUGUUAAUUCUCCCUUACAGUGGAGGACUUUAGGGACGCCAAAGUGGAACACAGCAGUGGAGGCUCAAAAGGUGAACAGCACAUAGAUGAAAGUGGUUAGGCGAGGUCGCGUCCUCUCCAUGGUCUGAUGAGAUGCAGCACCUGUGUAGAAAUGAUAAGA